GCUGAUAACGUUGUUAUCUUUCCUUUUAGAUAACUAAUUGUAAUUGUAGACUGUCCUUGCCGAUGGAUUCAUGUGACAGUAUAUCCAUCUUAAAUAGUAUAGUGAAACAGUCUAGGGAAGUUUUCCAAAAUGGGGUCUCUCUUUCGCAGCGAAGAGAUGACUUUAUGUCAGCUUUUUCUUCAAAGUGAAGCCGCGUAUGCUUGUGUUUCGGAGCUCGGAGAACUCGGCCUUGUUCAAUUUGUAGAUUUGAAUCCGGACGUGAACGUAUUCCAAAGGAAGUUCGUCAACGAGGUUCGAAGAUGCGACGAAAUGGAACGAAAACUUCGAUACAUGGAGAAAGAAAUCAACAAGGAUGGUAUCCCGAUGCUAGACACUGGCGAAAUUCCCGAAGCUCCCCAACCCAGAGAAAUGAUCGAUUUAGAGGCCACGUUUGAAAAACUAGAAAACGAAUUGAGAGAAGUAAACCAGAACGCCGAAGCUUUAAAAAGGAAUUUUCUCGAGCUUACCGAAUUGAAACAUAUCUUACGUAAAACUCAAGCGUUUUUUGACGAGGAUUAUAAGGGAGAUUCGAAUCACUAUACGCAGAUGACUGAUCCUAGUUGGGAGGAGGAACACGUCUCGUUACUCGGAGAGGAAGGACUUCGGGCCGGUGGACAGCAGUCGUUAAAAUUAGGAUUUGUAGCUGGCGUUAUUCUAAGAGAGAGGAUACCCUCGUUCGAGCGUAUGUUGUGGAGAGCCUGUCACGGUAACGUAUUCUUGAGGCAGACAGAAAUCGAAACUGCUUUGGAAGAUCCAUCUACGGGAGACAAAGUAGUGAAAUCCGUAUUCAUAAUCUUCUUCCAAGGAGACCAACUCAAGACCAAGGUGAAGAAGAUUUGCGAAGGAUUCAGAGCAACGCUGUAUCCGUGUCCAGAAACGCCAGCUGAUCGUAGAGAAAUGGCCAUGGGUGUGAUGACUCGUAUCGAAGAUUUGAACACAGUAUUGGGUCAAACACAAGACCACAGACAUAGAGUUCUCGUCGCUGCAGCCAAGAAUGUCGUUAACUGGUUCGUUAAAGUGCGCAAAAUCAAAGCAAUUUACCAUACGUUGAAUUUCUUCAAUAUAGAUGUUACCCAAAAAUGUCUGAUAGCUGAAUGCUGGGUGCCUAUAUUAGAUAUCGAAUCCAUCCAGUUGGCUUUACGUCGAGGAAUAGAAAGAAGCGGUAGCUCUGUUCCUCCAAUUUUAAAUCGUAUGGAAACGUUUGAAGAUCCUCCAACGUAUAUUCGAACCAAUAAGUUUACCAGCGCUUUCCAAGCCUUAUUCGAUGCUUAUGGUAUUUCCACUUAUAGAGAAGUUAAUCCGACGCCAUAUUCAAUCAUUACAUUCCCAUUUUUAUUCGCUGUCAUGUUUGGUGAUUUCGGACACGGUGUGUUGAUGGCGUUGUUCGCCGCAUGGAUGGUUAUGAAAGAGAAGCCCUUAGCUGCCAAGAAAAUUGAUAACGAGAUUUGGAAAAUAUUUUUCGGCGGUCGUUACGUCAUACUGUUGAUGGGAUUAUUCUCCAUGUAUACUGGUCUCAUUUACAACGACGUGUUCUCCAAAUCAUUGAACACAUUCGGCUCUCACUGGAGGGUGAGAAGUGUGAAUGAAGCAGACUUUAAGACCAACCCAGACCUGACACUUGAUCCAAGUAGAGACUGCACCGGAACACCAUAUCCGUUUGGUAUCGAUCCUGUGUGGCAGUUGGCCUCCAAUAAAAUCGUCUUCCUGAACGUGUACAAAAUGAAGAUUUCCAUUAUUUUCGGAGUAUGUCACAUGUUGUUAGGUAUAAUUUUGAGUUACUCGAAUCAUACGUACUUCAAGAGACCAUUGAACAUUAUCUGCGAAUUCAUACCACAAGUUAUAUUCUUAACAUUCCUAUUCUUGUACAUGGUGUUUCUGAUCUUCCUGAAAUGGAUGCUCUACGGACCGACAGACCCCACGCUUUCAGGAGAUGCUGCUGCAGAGAAUUUCAAAGUCGGACCCGGAUGUGCUCCUUCGAUUUUAAUCACAUUUAUCAACAUGAUGCUCUUCAAGUACAACCUGACUCCGUUACCCAAUUGCGGCAGUGUGUUUAUGUUCGGUAUACAGGAGCCUUUGCAAAAGUUCCUGUUAUUCAUAGCUUUGUUAUGCGUUCCGUGGAUGUUGUUCGCUAAACCGGUCCAUAUCAUGAGAGCCAGAAAGAAGGAACAAGAAAUGCUGGGCAACAACCACAUAGCGGUAGAAAAUGGCGACAUCGACGGUACCGGUCUCGCAAAUUCCAACAACGGAACGUCGCAUCCUCCAGUAACAGCAGCUGCUAAACCCGAAGGAGGCGGAGGAGGACAUGGUGGUCACGGAGAAGAAGAAGAUAUCGGAGAAGUCUUCAUCUACCAAGGAAUCCACACUAUCGAAUACGUGCUCGGAUCGAUCAGUCAUACCGCUUCGUAUCUGCGUUUAUGGGCCUUAUCCUUAGCUCAUGCUCAAUUGUCGGAAGUAUUGUGGAAUAUGGUUAUGAGAAACGGAUUACAAAGCGAGAGCUGGAUAGGAGGUGUCAUGUUAUGGGCGAUGUUCGCUUUCUGGGGUGUAUUAACCGUUGGUAUUCUUGUCCUGAUGGAAGGCCUGUCUGCCUUCUUGCACACUCUUCGGUUACAUUGGGUCGAAUUCCAAAGUAAAUUCUACUCCGGUCUCGGUUACAGUUUUACGCCAUUCUCUUUCGAAAUCAUCCUAGCUACGGCAUCGUCCGGUCUAGAAGAGUAAACGAUGAUUAUUUCAUAAAUUUUAACCAGUUCGAUCGUGUUUUUUUUUUGUUUUUUAUAGUUAUUAAAAUCUAUUUCGGCGCGCAAAUCACUGUAGAAAAUCAUGAAGUGUGUGCGAUUAUCAUAGUAUUUAGUUGAUUCGUCAUUUUAUUUCGCGUGUUUAAUUUUAAAUAAAUAAACCAGCAGUGUUUUAAAUAUACCAUGUUGUAGUUGUAUUGUAA